AUGGGCAUGGGUGCGCGCGCGCCGCCGCGGAGGGAUCACGACUUCGACUUCCCGGGCUCGGGCCGCCCGCACUCGGCGGGCUCCGGCCGCGCACACUUGGGCGGCGCGUGGAUGCAGCACCCCACGACCGGUACUGUGAAGACCACCUCGAACGGCGACCUGAUGACGGUCUGGAAGGUGACGCACGAGCUCAAGCUGCCCCUGGAGGACGUCCGCAUCGCCGCCAAGACUUUCAGGGAGUUCGCCACCUUCACCGAGGGCGAGGGGAAGCUGCUGGAGGGGCAGCUGUGCAAGGAGGAGUUCGAGAAGUGUGUGGCAGUUUUUGUGGCUCACUCGAUCUCCCGGCCCUGCGCGAAUCCGACAGAGAUCGCGCAGACGCGCAUCCGACACGGUGGCCCGACGAUGGGCAGGCCUGCUGCCGCUGCCCAGGUCCUGCCGGAGAUCACCGCGGGGGUGGCCAUGGAGUGCAACGCGGCCGAGGGCUUCGUUCCGAAGCGCAGCGAGCUCAUCCAGCAUGUCGAGCAGGGCCGGCGAGCCCGGUGCCGGGGAUUGCGCUCGGACCCGGGCGACGGUGCAAUGGCAGGCGGCAGCGUCGACCUCGGCGCGACAACUCCACGGGCGAACUACGCCGACGGCUUCAAGCAGCGCGUCGAGCGACACCUCGAGGGCGGCUUCGAGAGUGGCACCCGCGCGGGCGCCCCGGUUGAUGUCGUCGAAUCAGCGGACCCCGAGGCCUUCGCUAAGCAGAUGGAUGACAUCAGGCACGAGAUCCUUGGGAUCAUAGUUCAGCAAACGCUGGCGCGGGCCCAAUCCUUGCAAGCCGGCGCGGUGGACCUGGCGCGCCCUGCCACGUGCGAUAGGCCGCCCGACCCGAGGCUCUUCGGCAUCAGCUGCGCUUGCCCACGUCGCUGGACGAAGUGCGGAGCGCCCUCGCAGCAUGGCUUGAGGCUUGAGGAUGCCAGCGUUGGCCAGUCCAGCACAAAGCUCCACGGUCAGUCGCCUGGAAGCUCCAUUACCUUCAGCUGCCUUGUUGUGCUAUUGGGCUUGCUCGCGCCGUUCGAUUGGCUCAAGCAUCGCAGCUCCCUGGAGGUGCCUGGAGACGCUUCAGCGCAGCCGCUGCCGCUGGAGGCUGUCGCGCAGCUGGGCAUCGACUUCAACGCCGUCACGGCGACCUUCCGACAGCAGCUGCAGGGCGUUGACACUUCAGCAUGGCACUCCUCAACCAAUGCCUUCCGCUACGGGCUCGUCUACUCGGGAUACGAGAUUGCCGAUCAUAAGUACGAUGACGACCGAUGCGAGCACUGGCCGUCCAUUCCAGCGUGCCCUCCCAUCGGCUACCUGUCUGUCAUCGCCGAGUGCGGGUGCCUGGCCGAGCUCAACACUUGGCAUCGGCGUUAUCGGACGGGGCUCUUUCAGAUCACGCUGCGCUGGCUCUACGAUUUACCCCCGCUGCUGCACCUGCGUGAGAAACGCUUAAAGGUCAUCCUCCAGAGAUGCACCGACUGCGCUAACCUAGACGAGAUGGAGAUGUCGGACGCACUUCUACGAUUGAAGGAGCUGAUGCACAUGGCUGCCUCCAUGGCACGCGGCGAAUUGGACUACCAGACCACAUCAAACUUCAUGAGACGAGCAUGCGGCAGGGCAGGCCCUAGCUUGGAACCCUGGAUCGCGCAGGCUGCUGCUGCAGGAGUGAAGCGCAUGCAAGCUGGCUCGCAGGUCGUGGAGCGCGAGCCCGCAGCCCUGGCCGCGCAUAUCCGCGACUACUGGCAGCCGGUCUUCUCGGAGACCACGGCUAGUGAACAGGCCAUCCAGGAGCAUUGA